GUAAGGCUGCCGAGAAUGUUCAUUUGCAUCAAGCAUGGAGAUAACCAGCAAUUUCUGGCCAACACCAACUGCUCAGUCUUGCUACUGUUGCAUUAUGUUCGAAAAAAAGUGGGGCUGCAUGAUUCAGAACUCAUUGACCUUUGUGAUGAGGCUGGGACUCUGAAGCUACUGUUUCUGGUGAAGUUUCCUGGGGAAUCAGCCACCAAAUUCCUCCAAGUCAGAAACAUCUACUACAUUUGCAAGGUGGAACGUGGACCACCAGGGACUCGAAAUGAAAAUGCCUACAGGGCUUUUGUGCCCCUACUGAAGGAGCCAGAGCAAGAGUUAUUGGAUGCCCUUAAAUCACAGUGUGACUAUCUGGAAAAGAGUCGAAUAAAGAUGCUCCGUGGCCAGGACGCUAAGAAAAUCACUCCGAUAGACUCUUACAUGAACAUUCCGGUGAGACUUUCCAAAACUACAGGACGAGUGGGAACACCAGGGACAGUGGAAGAAGAGGCAGCCACUCGAAGAGGGGUUUCUACACUUCCCAAGACUAAACCUGAAACCACCGGCAAGAAAGACAAACAUCGCUAA